GUGAGGCCCCCAGGCAGCCGCGCUCCAUGUAGCGCCGGCAGCGGGGCCCGGCCGAGAGGCGCCCUGCCGGGGGCCUCAGAGCAGUCAUUGGACAGCGGCCCUGCGGUGGGCGGGGCGCCGAGUCGUCUCGCCCUUCUGAUUGGCUUAGUUGCCUGUCAAUCCCAGUGUGUCCCAGUUGCCCUGGUAACAGAUCCGGCUGUGGGGCUCGCGCCAUGGCCCGGCUGGAGCUGUUCUCCCACGCGGGGCUGCGCGUGCGCUACCGCGCCGGGCUCUGCUCGCUGGCGGCGCUGGGGCUGCUGCUGCUGGCGGCGCUCACCUACCUGCCGCCGCUGCUGGUGGCGUAUCGGAGCCAGGGACUUUGGCUGAAGCAAAGUACCUACAUGGAGCAGCCCACAAUACAGUUUCGAUAUGAGGUACUUCUGGUGGCUAUGACUGGAGCUGAGCCUGGCAGCUUCCUGGCUUGGAGUACAUUUCCAACCUUCAAUCGCCUCCAGCAAGACCAACUGCGAGUUCCUCUUAUCUCAAGAAUGUCAACAUUUGUGAUGCAGAGCAUGGCUUUUAUCCAGUCGUCCUCCCCUAUUCCAGGGUCCCAGCUUUAUGUGAAUGGAGACCUGAAAUUGUACCAGAGGCAAUCACUUAGCCAUUGUGGAGUAGACACCAGAUACAAUAUAUCUGUGAUCAAUGGCACAAGCCCUUUUGCAAGCGACUACGAAAUCACUAACAUCAUUGCAGCAUACCAAGAUAGAAAUGUAACAACAGUUUUUUGCGGUCCCAAUCCUGUGUGGCUGGUAGGGAGAGCUGCAGAAGCACCAUUUGUGAUUAAUGUCACUAUCCGUUACCCAAUGGAAGUUAUUUUAUAUCAGCCAGGUUUCUGGGAAAUGAUCAAAUUUGCUUGGAUCCAGUAUGUUAGUAUCCUGCUUAUCUUUCUUUGGGUGUUUGACAGAAUAAAAACCUUUGUGUUCCAGAAUCAGGUGCUAACCACAAUACCAGUGUUGCCAGUUUCCCCAAUAUCCUCUUAUAAACAGCACCAGGCCUGAUCAAAUGCCUGAAAUGACUUCAAAGAGACUCAGAUAAGAGGCUGUACUUCAUUUUCAUUUUCUUUAAAUGUGUGUAUUUCUGAAGAUGGGGAACUUUAUAAGUUACAUUCUGGAUCAUGUUCUGUUAAUGCUACCGCGGUCUAAGGUUCCAGGAUAUUUUUAUUUCUUUGUAUUUAGCAGACAUCAGGUUGCUGUGAGAGAACACUGUUUUGAGAUUUGUGUUCGGGAGUGGGAACGUGGGGGAGAGAUUUUAAAAGAAUGGGAAAGAGGCAAAGGCACACUUCCCAAGAGUUUGUGGUUCCACAUCCUCUUUCAUUGUUCUGGUACCUUAAUGUCCCUGUUCCACAAUCAUGAACAGGCAACAGCCCUGUUGCUUUCUGUGUUGCACCUUUGUUUGGAAGACAAAAUGUUAUCAUAUGAAUUAGAUUUUAUUAAAUGCCAGAUAUUUUGAACAUGUAACAUUAGGUGUCAUUUUAAUUGAAUGAUGGACAGACUUAAUUUGAUGUAUUAACAUUAAUUAUCAUUUUGACACUUUAUUAUUUAUUUGUAUUACCAUAGUACCUAGACAUGGACCAGAACCCCAGUGUGCUUGGUGCUGUGCAAGCACAGGACAAAUUGAUUAUCCCUAAGCAAAAGUACAAUUUCAGGUAUGAUGAUUGAUGACAAAUGGAUACUGAAAACAAGGAUGCAGUAAGACAGUACUGGCUAGCAUGGUAACAGUGCAGUCUAAUUUAUGCAAUCAUUACAGUAUUUGUUUGUUGGCAUCCUGGCAAAUGGGUCUUAAGGAGGGAGUUCAAGCAUGCACAAAUGAAGUUAAACCAUGGAGAAGGUAGGGUUACAAUGUAAGAAAUGUAAAACCAUGGUAAUUGGAGAUACGGAUUUAAACAUCAAAAUUGAUGAUGAGCUAGAGUGGGUAGAUCAAUUUCACAGAUCUUGGAAGCAUAAUAAGCCAAGAUGGUCCAUGUUCAGAGGAAAUAAGAAUAAGGAUCAGCAAAAUGAACAUGUCUUCGGUAAACUUAGGAAUAUUUAGAAACUUACUAUCAUAGAAUACUAGGACUGGAAGGAACCUCGAGAGGUCAUCGAGUCCAGUCCCCUGCCCUCAUGGCAGGACCCAGUACUGUCUAGAUGAUCCCUC